AUGACGCUUGCGUCACGGUUUUGGCGCAAGCACUGGGUGGAGAGGGGACCACUGGCGUCGAGGGAGCAUUGGCCAAUGACGAUGAGUCUGUAUCAUGAGUUAGGCCGCGAUGAACUGGAGGUUCUAAAUGCAUUGGGACUACAUUAUGUAGGUAGGUGGCCUAGGAUAUGGGCACACACUACUAUGAUGACUGCAUUAGUGGAGAGGUGGGAUAGUCAAUAUAACAUCUUUCAUUUACCAACUGGAGAGGCGACAGUGACCCUACUAGAUGUUUGGAGGAUCUUGAAGAUCCCUGUUCGUGGUGUGAUCCUUGAGUAUCAGUUGGAUGCGGUCGAUUUUUAUCUAAGGGAGGUGUGUGAGUACAAGACAUCACCGAUGCUAGAUAGGAGCAGGAUGCACUUGGGCCGAGUGAUGGGUAUUUGGCAGAUUCCUCGGUUGGUUUUGGUGAUAUGCGACUUUUUGAGUGGGUGGAUCCUACCAGAUUUGGGUGGACACAGAUUUCCUCUAGGGUGGAGCCGAUGUGUUUAUUUCAUGGUACAUGAUGGCGUUCAGUAUGCAUGGGGCUUCGCGAUGCUGACCCAGCUUUAUCAUGAUAUGCACCUGGUGACCUACAAAGAGUAUGUCAGUUUAUCGGCAGGGGUGACAUUAUUACACAUUUGGGCAUGGGAGCAUAUUGUAGUGACUCCCCCAGUGGGGGUUCAGGAUAGGCGGCCAUGA